UUCCUUUCCACAGGGUCCCAUGGGUGGACUCCAUUAAAUCCCUCCACUCAACGGACACGGGUGAAAAUUAUCGUCACGAGUUGUGCCAACUUCCAUUCCCUGUUGCACCCCCGAGCAUUCCUUUGUGGUUCGUUUCGUUUCAACCCCGAGGAAAUGGACUUGCGUGUAAACUAAUGAGAAAUUGUUCAUGUACCGAAGACCGGGCGUAAUUAAUUUAGAUUGAUGUGCGGAAAUUAGAACCAUACAGGUGUAGAAUUCUUCGCAACCAGUUGUUCCACACUGCCUCGAGAUGCAACGUUUCCGCUGACUUAAGUUGCACUGAUGUUUGUCUGCAGUUCGGUUACGGUGCGGCAGCUUUAAUGCACUACAUCUCACGGGUGAAUCCUUGAAAAGUUUGAAAAUUAUUGAAGUAUUUUUUUAAUUGCUUCAUUGCAACUUUUAAUUUUAAUAUUUCACUAUUACUAGUUUUCGUCUUAUUUGUUAGUUUGCUUUGUUUUUAUUUCAAUUUAUUUUCAGGUUUGAGUGUAACGAAUAUUUUUUUUCCUUUUUUUAAUUAUUUUAAUCAUUUUUUCAUUAAUUUUAAUUCUUAAUUUAUUUCAUUUUUAUGUCCAAUUUUCUGCAGGCUUUAUCUCAUCUUUUUAAUUUUAUUCUUUUAUUCUAUUUAUCAUUUAUUUUAAUUCAAACGAAGUAUUUUUGUAAAUGAGCUAACAAAAAACAUUUCUUUUCUCUAAAUAUUUGAGAACUGUGUUUAGUUGAAUUUAAAAAUAUUUUUAAAAAUGACUUGAUUUUCAUAUUACAUCAGCAAUUCCCACAUUUCCUUGUGGGGUUCCUUGUGUUAUUAACGAUUUUUUUUAAAUUAAAUUUUUUUUUUGCUUCACAUACAUAUUUUUAUAAUUUCUUGUUUGUACGCUUUUUACUGAUUCUUUUCUCGUAAGAUUUUCUCUCUCUCGGAAUGUUUUGAAAUUUAUAUGUUGACUUUCAAUUUGUUUUUUAAAAUUAUAUUGUUUUAACUUUAAAACAUUGAUUAUUGUUUAUAAUAGUUAGUUAUAUUUUUUAUUCUUUCAUUAAAAGGAGGCAAAUGAGGCCACUAAAAAUCAGUUAUCUGCAUUUAAGAUUGUUUUAAUCAUGUUUGUGUACUUUUAUAUCUGUUCAAUGCUGCUUUUCCUUUUUAUUCUCUUUGUGCUUUUGGUCAUUAAUUUUAAAAUAUUUUAAAUCAACACUAGCACCAUAUGUUUAUGACAACAAGGCCACCUGGUUGCUUUAUACAAUGCUUUUUCCUUCUUUCAAAUGAGCCUGUUUUCAUGUUCCUCUCUGUAAAGUAGUUGUCAUUACAACUAACAGCACAAUACACCGCCUUUACGAGAGAGUGAGAGAAAAACGGUCGGAAAAACCGAACCAACAAACAGAACCGAACAACCACGUGUCGGAAAGGACGAUUCGUAACAAUUUCGGGAACUCACGGGUGUUCAUUUCAUGGCCUCCGUACACCCUUCUGUACAACAACUCGUGCAACAAAAAGGACCGGCACACGGUGAAUAAAAAGGACGAAAGAAAAACCAAAACAAUCGGAACCCAUGAGCGAUGGGAAAGCGGAAACGGAACCCGUUGUAAGGUUCGUGUACAGUUUUUGUGUGCCGAAUGAGUGCCACAACAGGGCCGAAGAAAUGCAUGCCGUUUUUUCCCGACUCGUUUGAUUUUUCCCGCGCCAGGGCCGCUGUGGGUUGGCGCUUUUUCGGGUUUUUCUGAUCAGUUGCGUUUCGGUGCUGGUUGCGUUUGGCAGCGUUGUGCGCCUUUCUCUCGCGGAUGUGAUAAGGCUUGGUUUUUUGCUCAUAGCCAGUGGUAAUAAAGUUUGCAACUUAUUUUUACCACCGUAAAGAGUAUCUGUGCAACUGCUGUUUCUACUUCCGGGUUCUAGUGGAGAAGCGUGAAUCUGAGUGAGUGUGUGUGUGUGUUUGUGAAAAUUUCCAUCUCUCACCUCAAGACGAGCUGAGGUGUGCGUAUUACUACCGUUCGUGUGCUGCUUCCUUUUCCCCCCACGCCGGUACUGUCGAAAGUUUCGAAACAAGCGUGGUAGAAAAUGGCCUUAAGCAACCUCCCGGGAGUGUGCGGAAAUUAGUGCUCUUCAGUGGGUAAAAUACUAAACACUUAGCUGGCGAACGACGGCCUGCGUCCUGUGCUACAAACCCGGUCCCGUGGGUGAUCGGCCUCGGAAGCCGGUACUAUUUGCCAGGUGCGCCUGCUAAUACACGGAUGUGUGCGGGGUGUGUGUUUUUGUGCGAGUGACGGUUUGAAAGUGCCAACAGGAAGCCCGUAAAUCCCAUCCUACCCUCGCGAGUGAAACCGACCGAGGAAAAGUAUUUCCAUCCAACCCAGUAGCAGCAGCCCCACCACCACGAAGCUACGAAGAAUCGUACCCGAAAGCAGCAGUAUGGCUGGCUUCGUUUGCCACAUUCUGCUGGUUUUUCUCUUCACCCGGGAAACGGCUUACGGCACUUCAUUCGGCAACAGUCUGUCCGAUCCGCUGCUCGAUCCGGACUUCAUCGACAAUCCGCCGAUGGUGCAGCCGAAGUUUACCUCCCGGUCGCAGUCGGUCCGUGCCGUUAUUGGCGAUACGAUUACGCUACCCUGUGAGGUGGAAAAUCUAGGCCGCAACAUACUGCUCUGGCGUCGAGGGAGUGCCGUCGUAACGGCGGCCAAUCUUAUCAUUACCCGCGACACACGGUUCAAGCUGCUCGAGGGCUACAGUUUGCAGAUUAAAAACGUACGCCCGCAGGACGCUGGGGAUUACAAUUGCCAAAUCGGUGACCACGACAACCGGGAUCUGGUGCACACGGUCGAGAUACUGGUACCGCCCUCGGUACGCUCCAACCCGGAAACCGGUCACGUCACCGUCCGGAAGGGUGGUACCGCGACGCUCGAGUGCAAAGCCUCCGGCAACCCCGUGCCGAGCAUCAGCUGGACGCGCAAGGAUUCGAUACACGGUUCGCCCCAUCUCUCCGAAGGACCCACACUCACGCUGGAAAAUGUGAACCGACAGGACAGUGGAACGUACCGGUGCUACGCAGACAACGGCAUCCGGGAGCCGGUCUUCGUCGACAUGCAGCUGAUUGUACUCUCUCCGCCGGAAAUCACGGUCGAAAAAUCCUGGGUACACGCAGGCGAAGGAUACGAGGCCCAGCUAGUCUGCACCGUACACGGAGAUGCUAAUCCAGAGGUUAUGUGGUAUCAGGACUCGUUUCUGCUGCAUCCCAACGACAGACGAACGAUGGAUACGCGCGGCGAAAAGCACUAUCUAACCGUCCGGAACGUUCGAGCAUCUGAUUUUGGCAAUUAUAGCUGCGUGGCGGAAAAUUCACUUGGGCGUGCAAAAAAAUACAUCGAAGUAUCGGGUCGGCCCGGUCCCGCUCAGUUCCAUUCACCGAUGUACAGCAGAUAUCGGGAAAUGUAUAACCUCACAUGGAGCAUUGAAUCAUUCCCGCUGAUAGAGGAAAUAAGAUUACUCUACAGAAAAUUAAUGAUGAACGAGACGUUUCAACAUCCGGGCAGAUGGCACGACAUUAUCCUGAACCCACCGUCAACACGAUCGGAAUCCUUUCGGCACAUCAUGACGUACACCAUCAAGGGGCUGGAUCCGAACUCGGUCUACGAAACGAUUGUACAGGCGAAAAAUCGCUACGGCUGGAAUGAGGUUAGUGACAUUUUCCAGUUUUACACCCUUAGUACGGACAUGCCGAAUGAAGAUGUAGAGCAAACGCUCGGUUCGACCGCGUACGGCAACAACUACCGGGCACUGAACCAUUGCUCCACACUGAGGAGCGAAACCAUCCUGGAAACGAUUCUUCUGAGCUUAGCGUCGGCCGUAUGGCGAUUGGUAAGAACCUAAACACAUACACCUUAGUGUGUAGGAGAAUGAAAGGAGAAAUGAAAAGGAACAUUUUCCUAUAGAUGUGUAUUUUAAUUUUUUUGCAAAAGCGUGAAACAUAGACAUUUUCAAUCGGAAGUAUAGUUUUAAUCACUAUUAAUAAAAAUUAAACAAAAAAAAAAAACAAAAAACCACCAUAAUGUUAGAGCGUGUGUGUUACAAUGCUACAGAAGGCGAUACAUUUAAACCAUCCAAUAAACCAAUAAGCCUGUCCAUCUUGCCCAAAUGGGGAAAAAAGAAAACGUUCUUUGUCACGAAUUUCUACCACAAAGAGUUACAACAUAACAAAAAUGCAAAGAAAAAAACUGUUUGGUUUAUUGUACUUAAAAGAUUACACUCGCUGGAUGGAGUGUUUCGUACGAAACACACGAUGAUAGUGUAAUGGGUAUUGUCAAACUGACUUCAAAAAAACUUAAUUUUGUAGCAAAUCAAAAACCAAGAAAAACACACACACACAAAACAGUGGAUUGUAAUGUAGCGUGUAAGAGCAUGUAAGUGUAGGGUAAGAGAAUAUAAGCGCUGUUUAAUGAUGAUUAGAUAAGCCAUUUAAACGAUACACAUGUAAAAGAUAACAACAGCUAAAACAAAAAGCAAAAAAAGCAAGUGAACGUAAAAAUGAUAUACCAUGAGUUUGAAGCCAAAGACGCCAUACUGGGAUGGGAGGAAACUUAUUUACUUGCUGGCAGAAUAUGAAUUCCACUCCGUUUUGCCCUUUCAGGGCUACAUCCUGUCCACCGGAGAAUGAGGUAAAAAAACAAAAAAUCACGGUUGGUUUGAAGAAGGAACACAAGCGGUAGGAUUCUAUUUGUUUAACACGUAUGUUAGGAAGACCAAAACAAAACAAAAUGUAAAUGUGAAAUAAACCAAAACGAAACGACUUCACUGUAACUGUAUGUACAUUAAGUUUUUAUCGAACAAAUUACUUUCGGCAUACGCGCAUAAUGUUCUCGAUCGAUUGAGCGAUCGCUGCCUGCAACAACAAAAAAAACCCUAAAUAUGUAAUGUACCAGUGCUACGAUGAAAAUAAAACUUUAUUUUACUCCAACCAUA